UCACCGCACCCAUCUCAUUGACCGGCAGAAAAACAGACCAAUUGACAGCCUUAGUUCCGCCCCCUACGCAAGAACGGCCAGACAAGUUAGACAGAGAGAGCACUAUGGAGGCACUAGGAGGGCACAGGCGCUUGCGCAAUAGGGUGGCCUCUCCCCGCCGCGUGCGGCGCGAACGACGGCGCAGGCGCCAAGGCUCUGGCACGCCACUGCGCAUGUGUGUCAACUCUAAGGGCGGGUGCUGGGUUUGCGGCUUUCGGUUAACACCGCAGGCACCACACCUGUUGGUGUUCAGAUGGAGCAGCACACUAGUCAUCCUAACAGAAAAGACAGGGUUUCAUUGUGUUGGCCAGGCUGGUCUUGAACUCCUGACCUCUGAUGAUUCGCCCACCUUGGCCUCCCAAAGUGCUGAGAUUACAGGUGUGAGCCACCGUACCCGGCCACUUUUAUCCACUUCUCAUGUUCCAGCCAAGGAGGAAGCUAAUGCUGUGCCUCUUUGUAGAGCAAAACCCUCCCCCAGCUACAUUAAUCUUCAAGCAAGUUCCCCACCAGCCACUUUUCUGAAUAUCCAGGCAACAAAGCUGCCCUCAGCCCAAGGAAUGCCUAGGACUCCUGGAAUGUAUGUAUGCCAACCUCCAGCUUCAGACCCAGCUCGCCCGACAACAGAUGGCUAUUUUGGAAAAUUUACAGGCAUCCGUGACACAAGUGGCUCCUGGGAGGAGAAGCAAGAACUCUUCUCUCCCAGCCUUAUCUCCUAAUCCACUGUUAAAUCACCUGCCCCAGUUCAGUAAAUGAAGUGUGGAACAAA